GGUGUAACGAUGGCAAAACCCCGGGAGCAGUGAACGCCUGUGGCAUAUCCUGCAAUGCUUUGCUACAAGAUGACAUCUCUCAAGCUGCAGCGUGUGCCAAGAGGGUUGUCAAGGAUCCACAAGGCGUUAGAGCGUGUCCUCUGCGUUCCUUCUCUCCAGCUUAGGCCCGGCAGAAUGACUCCUGCAAAGAAGGGUGGCGAGAAGAAGAAGGGCCGUUCUGCCAUCGAGGUGGUGACCCGGGAACACACCAUCAACAUUCACAAGCGCAUCCAUGGCGUGGGCUUCAAGAAACGUGCCCCUCGGGCACUCAAAGAAAUCCAGAAAUUUGCCAUGAAAGAGAUGGGGACUCCAGAUGUGCGCAUUGAUACCAGGCUCAACAAAGCUGUCUGGGCCAAAGGAAUAAGGAAUGUCCCUUAUCGAAUCCAUGUGUGGUUGUCCAGAAAACGAAAUGAGGAAGAAGAUUCGCCCAACAAGCUCUACACUCUGGUGACCUAUGUACCUGUUACCACAUUCAAAAAUCUACAAACAGUCAAUGUGGAUGAGAACUAGCUGCUGGUUUUCAAAUAAAGUUACAAAACCAAAAAACAAACAAACAAGUAACAGUUUUACAGAAGCAGGAGUAAAAUACAGCUCUUCUUCUAAGA